AUGGCUUUCAACAGCAGCUUCGUCCAACGCAACACUUCAUGUGGAAUGAUGAUCAAGAAAUAUGAUGUUUUUCUGAGCUUCAGAGGUACGGACACACGCAACAAUUUCACUGGUCAUCUUGUUGGUGCUCUCCAGAGAGAAGGCAUCCAUACCUUCAAGGAUGACACAAAGCUCAAGAAAGGAGAACGUAUAGAAGGAAACCUCAUGCAAGCGAUAGAAGGGUCUCAGAUUUUUGUUGUCGUCUUGUCGAAAAACUCUGCUUCCUCAACAUGGUGCGUGAGAGAACUUGAAAAGAUCCUUGAUUGUGUCAGGGUCUCAGGAAAACAUAUUUUGCCUAUUUUCUACGAUGUUAAUCCAUCUGUUGUAAGAAGACAGACGGAGGAUUAUGAGAAAGCUUUUGCCAUUCAAAGAGAACAGAGAGAAGAUGGAGGAAGUGAAAAGAUGGAGAGGAGCUCUUACACAAGUCAACCUCGCUGGUUGGGAUAUGAGGAAUAA